CAAAUUUAGCUAGCAGAAAGCAAAAAUCAAACAGUUUUUUGUUUUUUCAUUGAUUUCUGACGAAAGAGUCGUGGAUCUCAACUAAUACAUUAUUUUAUUAAUUUAUCCGCUUGUUUUGAAGUGUUUGUGACGUCAAUUCUAACAGAAAGAGUUUUGAUUUGGAAAUGAAGUGAAACAACACGACUCGCAGUUGUUGCUUGCUUCUUUACUCAUCAGUCUCAAAAAUCGUGGCCAGUCAACCACAGCUGCACUUUGCAUCUACUCGACUUGCUUGAUACUCAUCAAAUAUGACAGAAAAGAAAUCAGCGGUUUUCGACCCGACCUCGACAGGGCUGGAAAGCCAAUCUGGACGGCUAAGAAGGAAAAUGGAAGAAGCCCCGCUUUUCCCUAUCGGAAUACUUGGGCUUAUUGGAGCUGUCGGCUACGGCGCCUACAGCUACAGAAACCGGGGCAACAUGUCAACCUCGGUGUACCUGAUGCAGCUCCGGGUUUCUGCCCAGAGUGCUGUUGUCGUCUGCUUGACUGUCGGAAUUGGAUACUCGCUGUUCAAGGACUUCAUUCUGCCAAAGAUGGAAAAGCGUUCCGAAAACUAGGUGCCCAGCACAAUGUAGCGGUGUGAGAUUUUACUUUCUUCGUUUUGAAUUUGUACUCCAGCAUUUCAUCGGGCGGGUCCCGCGUCGUCAAAAUGUAGAACUCGCUUCUAAUGAAUAAAGUUAAGAAAGUGCAUUUAAAAGCGAA